UUUAUUCAAAUUUAUUUUUACUUUAAACGAAUGCCAAAUAGGCCUUGGGUAUAAAAUCUAAACAUUGUCAUUCGAUCCUAAUUAUAUACUUCUAUAUUUUAUAUACUCCACCGAUAAUGUUCAACGGAAUACCAACCCUGAUGCAAUACCCUGCACGUUCGCCCUAUCUGUGCGGUCCAAGCGGUUUUAGUUUCGACAAUUGUUUGCGCAACAAAAGACUGAUAGAGAAUGGCCUUUCGGAGCCGAAUCGCAUUAACACUGGCACCACUUUAGUUGGCAUCGUCUUCGAUGGCGGCGUCAUUAUUGGCGCCGAAUCCAGGGCAACCAACGGCAACAUAAUACCCUCGAAGAAAAGCCGCAAAGUUUGCGAGCUGCAGACCAACAUUUUUGCGAGUGGUGCUGGAGUCGCUCGGGACACGAACGCCCUGAUGGAACUGACGCGUGCGCAGCUUGCGCUACAUCGGAUGAACACUGGUUUCCGGAGGGUGCCUGUGCGCUGUGCCAACCAGAUGAUGAGGCAGCUGCUGUUCCGCUUCAACGGGAAUAUGCAGGCCAACGUGAUCAUAGGCGGCGUUGACGCAAGCGGAGCUCACCUAUUCUGCACCCGGUUCGAUGGCACCACUGACCCAGCGCCCUUCACGUCACUUGGCUCCGGCAACCUGUCGGCCAUGUCCAUACUGGAGUCGCGGUGGUCGGAGGAUCUUUCCGAGAAGUCCGCCUGUGCUCUGGCGUGCGACGCCGUGGCCGUGGGCAUGAAGAACGACCUAAACUCUGGCGGAAUGGUCAACCUCUGCAUCGUGCGCCGCGACUUCUCUGUGCAAUGGGAGGAGCACUUCCCCCUCAAGGACUCCCCUAGUCGGACCAACCGCAUGACAAUCAAGCCGGGCUGCACCACCGUCCUGUCCACUAUCGUGCACCAGGUGGUUCCGUGGCAAGGCGCCCCAGCUGGGCCUAAGCCAGGAGGCAGUCAGUGUCCAGUGCCAGGGAGUGGCAGAGCCUCCAGAGAGGAGGAGGCCCGGCGCAGACCGCCCAGUCUGUCUCCCCCUGGGGCCAAAAGGUGGAAAGGGGAAGGGAGGGAGGAAGGGAGUUAAAGACAGAAAAUGUCCUUGAUGAGGAUUCUGAUUUGCAUGAGUUUCAUUGGGCUAAGGAUGUGAUUUUGAACUUUCAGACCUUGAAAUUGCGUCUGAACUAUAUAGGGACUUAAGCAAUCCGGUUGUUGCGAUAGGAAAACGAAAAAUAUCUGUACUUGAAGCCUUAAACAUUUUGAUGAAGUACCAACAAAUUUUGUGCUAAUUAUA